GGAGCUCAUUAAUGUUAAUGAGGAGGCAGAAGCCGCCCGGCUGGUGGAGAAGAGCGAGGCGGAGUCGCUGCCGUCCUCCAGGCCUCCCCAGUCCAGCAUGGCGGCGGCGGCGGCUUUUCUGCGGGGACGCGGCGCGGCUGCAUGGACUUUUCAGCAUCUGCGACAACUGCACACUGUAUACCAGGCAGUGGAAUUGCCAGAGACGCACCAGAUGCUCCGCCAGACGUGCCGCGAUUUUGCCGAGAAGGAGCUGGUCCCCAUUGCUGCUCAGCUGGAUAAAGAGCACCGCUUUCCUGCGGAACAGGUCAAGAAAAUGGGGAGUCUUGGGCUGCUAGCGAUGGACGUGCCUGAGAAGUAUGGAGGAGCUGGACUGGAUUACUUGGCCUAUUCCAUCGCCGUGGAGGAGAUCAGCCGAGGCUGCGCGUCCACGGGAGUUGUCAUGAGUGUCACUAAUUCCCUCUAUUUAGGACCAGUUUUAAAGUUUGGGUCUGAAGAGCAGAAGCACAAGUGGAUCACUCCCUUCACAAAUGGGGACAAAAUUGGCUGCUUUGCUCUCAGUGAACCAGGGAACGGCAGCGAUGCUGGAGCUGCUUCAACGGUUGCCCAGCUCGUUGGCAACGAAUGGGUCUUGAAUGGCACCAAAGCCUGGAUCACCAACGCCUGGGAUGCCUCUGCAACUGUAGUGUUUGCCACCACAGACAAAUCCCUGAAACAUAAGGGUAUUAGUGCCUUCCUCGUCCCAAUGCCAACCCCGGGCUUGUCUCUGGGCAAGAAAGAGGACAAGCUGGGCAUCAGAGCAUCGUCAACCGCAAACCUUAUCUUUGAAGACUGCCGCAUCCCCAAGGGCAACCUGCUGGGGGAGCAGGGAAUGGGCUUCAAAAUCGCCAUGCAAACCCUGGACUCGGGCAGGAUUGGCAUUGCUUCGCAGGCCCUGGGAAUAGCUCAGGCAGCGCUGGACUGCGCUGUGGACUAUGCAGAGAAGAGGAUGGCCUUCGGGUCUCCCAUCACUAAGCUGCAGGCUGUUCAGUUCAAGCUGGCAGAUAUGGCACUGGCCCUUGAGGGUGCUCGCCUGCUGACCUGGAGAGCCGCCAUGCUGAAAGACAAUGGAAAGCCCUACACCAAGGAAGCGGCCAUGGCCAAACUUGCUGCAUCAGAGGCUGCAACGGCCAUUUCCCAUCAGGCUAUCCAGAUCCUGGGCGGGAUGGGCUACGUGACAGAGAUGCCAGCAGAACGCCACUACCGUGAUGCUCGGAUUACAGAGAUCUACGAGGGAACCAGUGAGAUCCAGAGGCUGGUGAUUGCGGGGCAGCUGCUGAAAGAGUACCAUGGGUGAAGAGACUUGCCCUUAAAGUGCCUCCUACUGCCUGCACUUUGUGAGAAAGUAUUUCUCAGAUGACGGUUGUGAAGAGAGAAUGUCGGUCCUUGCCAGAAGUGUCAAACAUUUAGGGGGGGAGAGAGAGAGGCAGAGCCCUAAGCAUUCUUUUAGGAAGCCAUGUGCUCUGGCAGUCGAGUUUGUUUGAGUGUUUAAAACCACCAGAAAAUAAGUGCCUUGCAGACAUCAUCCACCCAAUAAUUUGCACUACCUUAUGUUUGAUUCCUGCACGCCACCCUUAAUGAAUUUCCAGGUGGUAGACACUUCUGUGUGUGAAAUAAUUAAGCGCUCUUUACCCUCACCUACUGUAGCAGAAGAAGCCAGGUCCCCGGGGGAGAGGAGUGGUGAUCUGUACAGCCCAAUGAAUGAAGGUUGUACUUUCUUCAGUGUAAGCUACUGAAACUUAAGUGCCGUCUCCUGCUUUAUCCGAUUACCACAACUACCUCUGCAUCCAAGCCAGCCUGUUUAGGACAAGUGGUGGGAGGUGUGCCCUACAAGUGCAUAGGAGCCCAUUCAUUCCUUUAGCAAGUAGAUUAGGCAAGACAAGCUGAGAUUCCUGUAAAGGUUGUUUGACUCCCACACAGCUUGCAGCUAUUAAAUCGGAACACUUAACAACUUAUUAGAGGCUACCAGAACAUGGAUGGGUGUGUGUAUGUGUGGGAGGAGUAAUAUCCUGCUAGUGAAAUAUUGGUCCACCAUAAUUUCACCAUCUCAUAAUUGCCUCCUACCUUUCCCCACUGAGAAACGUAACAAGAAUGUUGUACAACAGAUGCUGUAUGUUCACUUGUUGUAGCUAUUAACCAUGAUUGUGGAAGGUUCCUUACCAGCAAAGGCAGAAUCCUUCUAAAAACCAGAAGCUGAGGAUAAACAAUGUGGAAAAGGCCAUUGCCAGAGACAGUCAGUGGCUUCCUACUGAAGACAGAGUGCUAGCCUAGCUUGGCCUGAAGCAAAAAGGCAAGGCUCCAUGACGGUGGAUGAGGCAUCAGCUUGGGAGUGGGAUGCCUCUAUCACAGCCCCGAAAGUCUUGUCCUCGUACCUCUCCGAGCUUCUCCAGAUUAGCCACCUUGGCUUUGAGGGAACAAACUUGUUCUGAGAGUCAGGAGCUCCUUGCACCAAGCACACCCCCAUGACUUCUGCCCAUCAAGCAGAUAGUCAUACAUGCAACACACUGUGCAAUACACUAGGAAGCUUUGCCUUCCCAACUGGCUUUCUACCUUCAUGACUCGUUCUGUGGCUGUUUAGAAUAUUCAACAGUUUAAACUGUAGUACUUACCUUCUCUUCCCGCUGGGCUCCAUGUGAUCAAGAGGAGCUCCUUUCAAGCUCUCUCACACACCUCCCUGCUAAACCCCUAUGAUACCUGUUUGUUAAUUCCUGGUCACUAAUUCCCCUGGACGCCACCUCUUAUGUAGAGAGUAGGCUUCAAACUGAGGCAACCUGGCUCAACAGGAAUGUGGCUCCUCCCACCAGGUGUGACUCUCCUCAGCCCUAGCUGGCUCCUCCCACUCCCUCCAAGCAAAAGAGAAACAAAGUCACACAGACACUCGGACUUCUCCCCUAAAGAGAUACCAUCCCCUACAAUCUCCCCCUCCUCCUGUUCGUUUGAAGAAGAAAUUAGUCUUUUUAUAAAAGUUGGCUAUCUUCUCAGGUCUGCUUGUCCUCUUCCCAGAGCAGGCUUCUCCUACAAAUUCUCUUUACCACACCACGGCGUUAUGUUACUUCAUUGAGAUGGGCAACACACCUCUCUUAAAAGAAAUCAAACUUGAUUAGAUCUGAUCAAACAUUUCUACGAUUCACAAUCAUGCCACUUCAGCUUGUCAUCAAGCCUGCCUAGUUUGGGUUCAGCCUACACUGGCUUCCCCACUCAACUGAAGCAGUUUUUAACAGCUAAGGUGGCAUACACUCAAGGGCUGCUUUGCCAAUAGGGACCUGCUGGUGAGCAAGUUAUCUCCAAUUGUUGUUUCCAAUGGCUCAUGUACUGUACAUCUGGCACACAUUUACCCAGACAUUUUCUCUUUAGCUCUCUAGAACUGCCUUAGAUCCAUGGUCUUACCAGUGAUGCUUCUGGGAGCUACAGAGAUUAUUAAAAGUCCUCCAGGAUAUACACAGAGAGAAUACCCUUUACAAAGCCAAAGUUACACAUUUAAGGAGCAACAAGCACUUAAUGUGUCGAACAGUCCAGUCUGCUCAGCAAUCCUUUCUCUUUCCUUACCUCUUUUGCUUGCUUGCAAAUCCAAGGUCUGGUUCUGGGCAAAUUCAGAGCCUGGUUCUGUUUGUUUUUUGGUAAAAGCAAAUGCAACCCAACUCAGUAACCCAUCUCAUAAAUGCAACAUUUUAAUUUGUGUGUGCACUCGCUCUCUCUCUCUCUCUGGGGUACCUGAAUGAGAAGUUUGUGACAAAAGGGGUUCAAUUGUUUAAAAAAGGUUGGGAGCUCUUGCUCUAUCCUGACUGGCAGUAGUUCUCCAGGGUCAGACAGGCUUCUCCCCUAAUCACAGCUGGAGACGGAACCUGGGAUCUUCUGCACAUGAAGCUGGUGCUGAGCUUGUGAUCUCUCCCCAAACUGGAAAUCCCAGCACCUGUUUUCACAAACCAUGAAGCCACACAACCCCACACAGACCUGCCAUCUGCAACAUCAAGACAGGAAUCCCGACUUGCCACGUGUUCCCAGCCUUUGGUCCCCAGCUGAUGUUGGGCUACAAGCCCCAUCACUGCCAGCCUCUGGCCAUUGUGGCUGGGGUGGUAGGCCACACACACCUGGGGACCCCGGCAUUACCGGGCUAUUGAGAUCUAUGAGAAGCACGCUAACCAAUGCUUAUGAUUAGCAGAAUGCAUGCACUGAACUUAAAAAGACAGGGCUUGGUUGCUCAAAGUUAAACUUGCCAAGGGCAUUGCUAUUAUAACAUCAAGUGCCAGCUGUAAAGGGGAAAAGGUCUGAAGUUCUGAUCUGUUAAAAUACACUUUAAUUCAGAUCCCAUUCACAACAGGUACUUAAUGUUACAGACUGGAAAACAUGAACUCUCAAACUGCUUCCUCCCACAAGGCAGUCAAAGCAGCAAAUGCCACCUAAUGGUUAGCAGGUAGCGGGAGCUGUUAUUUUUACACAGCCCAGUGAGAAUUUGUCAGAGUAUAAAUUUUUGCCGUUUCCCCUUGAUAUUGGCCAAUAGAGAGAGAUUAAGUAUUACAACAUAUUUAAACAUUUCUGAAGAAAUCAGGCACUGCAAAUCAAUGCCUCAAACACCUAUAAUUUCCCCAGCUUUAGCUGGCUAUAGAUUUCCCCCCACUCUUUUCAAAGAACUACAGGCAGUAAAUUAAUAGGUACUCUACAAGAUGCUGGGGCAUUAAUUAUUCUACAAUAACUGGGUCAGAUUCCAGUACAAUAGAAUAGACUUUGACAGUGCUGUUUAUGUAAUUCAACACUGACAAAAUAGCAGCCGGUGGGAAGGAGUCUUUUCACAAUCUCCCAGCACGUUUUAUGCGAGUCAUAAAGCUGCAUCUAGAUGUGCUCUCUGUGUCCUUCCCCGCCCCCCACCCAAGUUUUUUAGGUUUUUGCUCGUCACAGUCGAUGAUGGAAUAGGGGCAGGAAAACCACAAAGUAAAAACUGCUAUACUCUCAAGGCCUCCGAGUUCCCUUGCUACAACUUCAGGCAUUACACAUCAGUUCUAAAUGUGACGAAAAAAAUGUAACAUCCUCACGCCAACACCAAUAAUUCGAUACAAAUCUUUAGACAAGUAGUUGUUCUAUCUUACCAACAUCCAAGGUGAUACCUGAAGGUGAAAUCAGACGUGAAGUUUUUGGAGGAAAGGGAUUAAAAAUCCACAAAUGCAUUUCAUUCAAAAUACAAAACUCUACCCCUACAGGAAGUGUCUAGGAAGGGUUCGAACAGGGCUUCUAGCUGGAGCUUCCGAGCCCUCCCCUCCGUUCACCUCACAGUGAUCACGACCUUCUCGGGCCCAUAUCCAACAGCUGUGGUCCUGUCACCCAGCAGCAACAGAGCCUCCCUCCCACCCACUUACUGACAUUUUGAAUGUUGGGUUAUGCAAAGCAAGCAAAUAUUAGAAUGAAACAUGCAAAUUAAGUAUUUGAAGUACAAGAUUUAGGGAGGUCUGAGACAGAGUUACAUAUCACAAAUGACUGUGCUGUUCCCUUAAUAAAAAUCUUCCCUCUUUGCAAAUAAUCAAACCAAAUGGACCCUCAAUACUUUGUAAUACACAAAUGCAGUCCACUAGGAAAGCCAAGUUAACUCCUGCCAAACUGAACAAACUCAACAUAUUAACCCCAUUACAGUAUUUCCCCCCAAAAUAAAAAGCUUUACAUCCAAGAGCUGUGAUCUGUGCAAAUGAGAUUCCUCUGCAUGUCUGCUAAAACAAUACCCCUUUCACACACAAAAAUAAUUGUUUCUACAAGAUGGACAGAAAAGAAAUGAAGUAAGAGACAAGGAAAUUUCAGAAUAAGUUGGACUUUGACCUGAGUUGAUUUAGUGAGUGUGUGUGUAUACACAGAUGUUUCCAAAAUCAGUUUAAACUAGCCAGCCAAAUCUGAACUCAGACUUUUCAGAGUGCAGCAUGAUUCACAAAAGAUAUUCACAUGAACGCUCCAAUUUUUUUUGAAAAAGAAAUGACCAUUUCAGCUUUUACUUCUGAAAGUUUGCGUGGAAAACUAUGAGGCUUCUAUUAUUUAAUAGCUUCUGGUCCUAUGUCACUGCCUCAAAGAGGGUAUGAAAACUGCCCUCCCCGAAAAACAUUUGGGAAAGGACAUUAAAUUUAAUGGGUUAGGGCUGCAGGCCUCAGAAUACAAAGGCAGGGCUAAAUUAAAAGGCAUCCCCUUUGAUACCCGGAAUUUCAACUCCACAGGCCUUCACCCAGUUUGCAAAAAAAGAGAAGAUAAGAUCCUCUUAGUACCUUCAAGACAGCUGAUUUCUCACAGUUAAAAUAACAUAGCCAGGACAGAUUGUUAAGAAAAGUCCACAUUUUAACAGACUCCCAGGUACAAAGCAGUCAUCACAAGCUCUGACCAAUCACAACAGCAGAGGACAGGGGUUUUUUUCUCUCUCUUUUUUCUCAAAGGGCAGGGAAUGGGGAAAAAUACAGUGCACUAAUGGAACAAUGCGCAAAAAAAAACCAAAACCAAAAAAAUAAAAUAAAAAUAGAAAAUAGAAAAAAUGUAUUUACAAGUCAUACAUUACUAUGAUCCGAACGCACAGAGACGACAGCUGCUAUAAUACAUGCAUUGGGUCAGGAAGGGAGCUAUUAAAACCCUGCAAUGGAGAAAAUGUAAAAUCAAGACCAACCCACAAAUAAAAAGGGGGCAGGCGUGGAGGGAUCGAGGAGGUCCAGGGCUUCCGCUUUUCCCCUCCCCAAAGUUUGCUACAUUGAUUGAAAUCAAAACCAUCUUCUAAAACCCAGGAGAACACGCAGUACAAAAUACUACACUGUUUCGUUUUUUUUUUUAAACUGAAGCUUCACUUUGGAUGGGGAGGAGGGCGGAGAGACAGCAACGUAUUUGCAGAUCCAUAUACAAGAAAGUCCAUAGCAAAGUGCUCUACAUGCUAAAAAGUACAGCAAGCCCGUCUGCUACAAAGCAUGAUCCUAGCAGGUUUUUCCUUUGCAUUUAUAUAUAUUUAUAUAUUUAUAUAUAUAUAUAAAUGGGCAUGGGUGUGUGUCUGUGGGUGUGUGUAUCGAUAUAUUAUAUACACAUAUAUAGACGCGCGCACGCGCACGCACACACACACACACGUGCGUGCACGCGAGUAUAAAAGUCGUGCCCUUGUUCACUGCAGCUUGACAUCUGGGUGGCGACGCAACUGGUUACAACAAAGUCCUUGUGUUGUGUACUGCAAGAAGUCACUCAAUGUCUGUGGAUUUAAUAAGUCACCUCACGCCACAGAAAAUAUUUAAUAAAUUCAAAGAACAAAAAAAAAAA